GGAUGCGUCAGAGGCGGAAGUGGGCAGGUCCGGGCGGAAGUGGGCAGAUGUUGCGUUGAAGGAGCGAGGUCAAGCUUCCCCGCGACCGAGACCCGGAAUAUUUCGAGUGGACGCACGAAGACACGCUGAAGAUGUCAUUUGCCAGUGAGAAGCUGUACAACGGCUACCUGAGGACCAACAUGCCGACCAUUGUGAGCACGGUGAAAGUGAGAGAGAUGGUGGUCCAUCUGCCGUGUCUGACCGCUCACGACAGGGAGACCAUCGAGGCCAAGAGGGAGAUGUGCGGCAACUUUGACGGCAUGGUUCUUCUCCUGGACUGCCUGAAGAGGAGGGAGAACUGGCCCGAGCACUUCAUCAAAGCGCUGGAGAUGUGCGAGCACACCAGCAUCGCGGCCGAGGUCCGGGCGGAAUACAACGCUCUGAGGGGCGCCCACGACUCCAACCCCAGCUCUCCUUCGCCAGCUGCGGAAGCGGCCAAUGUUUAUCCGGCUCCAGAUGAACCUCACCUCUCCGUGCCUGAGACCAGCCCAGGUCACCGCCAGGCCACCGCCGACACACCCCCUCCGGAAACUGAAGCACAGCCUGAAGCUGACGCGCCAGCUGCCGCGCCGGUUGACGCGCCGGCUGCCGCGCCGGUUGACGCGCCGGCUGCCGCGCCGGUUGACGAGCCGGCUGCCGCGCCGGCUGCCGCGCCGGUUGACGCGCCGGCUGACGCGCCGGCUGACGCGCCGGCUGCCGCGCCGGCUGACGCGCCGGUUGACGCGCCGGCUGCCGCGCCGGUUGACGCGCCGGCUGCCGCACCGGCGCCAGCGCCGCCGGUCCCCGCACCCGAGUCGCCCCCCACGCCCGACGGAGCGUUUCUCCAAGAGACCUCCGAGCCGGAGGAGACCUCUCUGUCUGACUUCUUGGACGUUUCCCACCCUGUUCAAGUGAGCCCAGGAGAGGUUUCGGCGGUGCCGACUGAACAGAGCGACGUGGUCUCAGACGUGACCCCCGAGCAGAACCCAGACCCUCCUGCGGAAGAGGCCGCCGCCGUCACCCUGGAGCUGGAAGAAAAUUCCCAGGUGUGUUCAGUACCUGAUGCCACGCCGGUCGAAAGCACAUCCGUGAGCUCCGCCCUCCCCGUCGACGACCCGACCGUGGGACUGAGCCUGCCCUGCCCGCUUCUCAGCGCCCAGCCGCCGACCACCUACUCGGGCAACACAGACCGUCUGGAAAUCAGCGACUUUGCAGAAGGAGAGACGAGCGCCGAACCCGAGGAAGACCCCCCGGAGGAAGAGGAGGUGCGGGUGCACGUGAUGCACGUCACCCAGCAGCCGUCGCUCCUCGACCUCGACGGCCAGAGCGUCGGCAACGGCGACGCCUCCAAGGACGGCACCCCUGCCGCCGAGGAGCCAGCGAAGCCUUCUUCCGGCCGGCUGACCGCCAACAGCAAGUACAUCCUGACGGCACUGGGCGUGGGCGCCGGCGCACUGCUGAUGGCGUGGAAGUGGAAGCAUUAAGGUCAGGGGGCGGUGAAGGAAGCGUGCCUUAUUGUCGUGGCUCGUCUCUGCAGGUGUGUCUUUCAGCAGCUCACCUGUCCGCUUUUCAGGUGAGUCGGUAGAAAUGUUCCCCGAGCACUUUACUCUUGAGGCUGGUGGCUGCCAAGCCUUGUAGCUAUUAUCUUUAUUUAUUUGGACGUAAAUACAUUUAAAUUAGCUUCCUUCCAUCUUAGCAUUUUUUAACAUUACAGUAGAACUUGUAAGGCGGGGGGGGGGUCAAAAUGGUUUCCAUUGAGGGCCGCUUCUAACAGUCGAUGGUAUGAUUACACCAUUUUGGGAUAGGAUAGGACUUUAUUGUCCUUGCACAAUUUUGUUUUCAAGAUGAGACAAACAAACUGUGUACGCCUGUUAAAUAUGGGAAAAAGGUAAAACGCUGGGAAAGAAGAUGAGGGGGGUGAGGGUUGGGGGCCUGGAGGUCGACUGCUGCUGUAAAUCGCUGGCAGCCGUCCAUCACCCCGAAGGGGAAUCAAGCGCUGGUGAAGGCGUUGUCUUGAUGUAGUGUCCAUAGGCCUGGGGCCGUUCUGCAUGCAAGCAAAAGUUAGACACCAGGUGUCGUCGAGGAGGGAGGGAGGUCAAAAGCGUCCAUCGUUGAGGAGUUCUCGGGGGGAUGGUUUCAGAACAGCCUGCUCCUGUUGUUUCAUCAAGGCCAUUCGAGGGAGUCAAAGCUUUUCCAUGUUGCGAUCCAUCUCGCGAUUCAGUUCAGUUUUCUAUGCUUUGAUUAGAUUACUGGAUUUGUUUGCACAAUGUAGAGAAAAAAAUAAUAAUCCCGCAGCUCAGUCGCAAUAAUUGUACUGUGAAAUAUACGUAGGUUUGUACUUGAAAUGGCACGACGGGACCACUGUUUGUUUGUUUUUACGGUAAACAACUGGCAGCUCAUUUGCCGGAAUUUUACUAUAAUUUUUAGAGCGUAUUUUACUGUAAAUAGACAGCCGCUUUUUGACAGUAAAAUUCUGGCAAGUAAAAAGAAGCAGAUUGUACGGUGUAUUAAUGUAAACACUAAAACUGUACCACUGUUUUUUUAAAUUAAAAAAAAAAUAGCCGCUCAGUUGCCAGAAUUUUACAAUCACAUUUACUAUUUGUUUGUUUUUUACUUAAAAUUAAACUUUAAUUGUAGUAAGUGAACUGCCAUUGUUUUGGUUUUUCUUUACCGUAAAAAAAAAACUGUAUAGUGUAUUCAUGCAAAUGGAAAAAAACGGUACCACUGUUUUUUUUAAUAAAGCUCAGUUGCCGGAAUUUUACUGUAAAAAAUAGUAAAAAUGAGCUGCCGUUUUUGUUUUGCCGUUAAAAACAACCACAGAGUUUAUAAUUUAUUGAUGUAAAUGGUAAAAAAAAACUGGCAGCUCAUUUGCCAGAAUUUUACUAAAACUCUUAUUUUAAAAAAAAAAUUUAAUUGGACAUAAUAAAACAGUUUUUUACGGUACAAUUUUGACAAGGUCGCUGACAUUUUUUUUAUUGUUUUUUUUUUACCGUAAAAACAACUGUAGAUUUUAUAGUGUAUUUAUGCAAAUGGGAAAAACGGUACCACUGUUUUUUUUAAAUACAGCUCAGUUGCCGGAAUUUUACUGUAAAAAAGUAGUAAAAUGAGCUGCCGUUUUUGUUUUGCUGUUAAAAACAACUACAGAGUUUAUAAUUUAUUGAUGUAAAUGGUAAAAAAACUGGCAGCUCAUUUGCCAGAAUUUUACUAAAACUCUUGUUUUUUUUUUUUAACUCCACAUAAUAAAACUGUUAUUUACGGUACAAUUUUUCCAAGGUCGAUGACAUUUUUGUUGUUUUUUUUAACCGUAAAAACAACUUAAGAUUUUACAGCUCAGUUGCCAGAAUUUUACUAAAACAGUUAUUUUUUUUAACUGGACAUAAUAAAACUGUUUUUUACGGUACAAUUUUGGCAAGGUCGUGGACAUUUUUGUUGUUGUUUUUUUACUGUAAAAACACCUUCAGAUUUUACAGCUCAGUUGCCAGAAUUUUACUAAAACACUUAUUAUUUUUUAUUAUUUUUAAACUGCACAUAAUAAAACUGUUUUUUAACGGUACAAUUUUGGCAAGGUCGCUGACAUUUUUGUUGUUGUUUUUUUUACCUUAAAAACAACUUCAGAUUUUACAGUUUAAUUGCCAGAAUUUAUUAAAACACUUAUUUUUAUUUUUUUUAACCGUGCAUAAUAAAACUGUUUUUUACAGCACAAUUUUGGCAAGGCCGCUGACAUUUUUUUGUUUUGUUUUUUACCGUAAAAACAACUUCAGAUUUUACAGCUCAGUUGCCAGAAUUUUACUAAAACACUUUUUUUUUCUAACUGGACAAAAUAAAAAUGUUUUUUUACGGUACAAUUUUGACAAGGUCGCUGAUAUUUUUUGGUUGUUUUUUUUUGCCGUAAAAACAAUUUCAAAUUUCACAGCUCAGUUACCAGAAUUUUAUCAUCAAAAACAAUGGUACAGUUUUCCAGUAAAAUGGUGUAAAAAAAAAGGUUUAAAAAUGAUAUUGUCAUUUUUACAGUGUACAGUUGGAUGGAUAACUUGAUAUGAAAUCAUAAGUCAAACAUAUACAAAGUAUUUAUUUAUAUUUGAACAAACAUUUUUGCAAUGUAUUUAUUGUAUUAUUAUGGAGAAUAUAUGCCAUUGAAUAGAGUACAUGUAUUUUUUUCUCCUGUCAAGAUGAAGUACUUUAUUAACACUGUCAGGUUCAAACACUGAUGACAUCUAUUAAACAAGACCAGAGGCAAAGAAUCAAACAGAGACAGAAUUAAAUCUGGACUCAGAUCUGAGGAGAGACAUGGCCACUGUACUCUGUGUACAGUCCUGCACCACGCUCUGACACAAGAUCGUACUCCUCCUUCUUUAUUUUUUUUUAUUCUCCCACAACUGCUUCCUGAAGGAAGUGGGUCGUUACCGAACAGUUCAAAAAGAGUCCCAUAAAAUAGUUCAAAGAGAGUUCCAUAAAAUAGUUCAAAAACAAUUAUUCUAACCAACACAUUUACGGGUUUUUGAGGGCUAAAGACAAGGAAGUGGCGGGCCAGAUCUAGAGUUGAUCACCUGUCCUAAGGUUCCAAUUUCCUCCUAUUUCUAAACAUUUUCUCACCGAAAAUCAUGAAAUAAUCAAGCCAAGGUGCAGCCGUUGUUGUUCAUUCCAGCUUUGGCUUCUAACAAGAUGGCCGACAAAGAUUCUUCAUCGGUCAACAAGGGGACUUUCCACUGUAGUAAGUGCUCUAAAAUAUUUGUGAUCAGGUGACCCAGUUCAUUGUGAAUCCUGCUGUAAAUACUACAAUAAAAAAACAGCAUCAAGGAAAUAAUGCACCUUUUA